CAAAAACGCGCGAUUGUUUCCAUUGUAAACAAAAGGGGUCGACAUAGAACGUGAAGAUGAACAUUCUCCUACGCGUGUUUCCAUAUCACGCUGUGACACAACUAUCAGCGGCAUCAAAGAUAUACGUUGCAGGGGUGUCAAUCUCAAAGAUGGUAUCUAAGGUUACAAAGAAACCGGUAAAGAAGCCAGUGAGGCCCAGUGUGAAGCAACUUGAAAAUGCCACUGUUGUGACGCGUCCAGAGCCAAAGAAGCCAGCAGAGUAUCCUGUCGAUCCCGAGAACAACAAUGUACGUUACUGGUUGAUCAAAUCUGAACCAUACUCUCGAAUAGAUCCCAAAUCAGGCAAAGACGCAAAGUUUUCAUUGGCUGAUUUGAAGCAAGUGGAUUUUGAACCGUGGGACGGAGUUCGAAACCACGAAGCUAAAAACAACAUGCUGAAUAUGAGAGUUGGUGACAUAUGUCUCUUUUACCAUUCAAAUGCCCCAGUACCUGGUCUUGUUGGUAUUGCAAAAGUGGCCCACGAGGCCCACCCAGAUUCACUACAGUUCGAUCCCACCAGUACAUAUUAUGACGCUAAAUCAUCCGUCGACUCGCCUCGAUGGUGGUGUGUUGAUGUGUCAUUUGUGCGGAGGCUGAAGAGUAAAAUCACCUUGGAAUCUUUACGGUCAAAUGAUUCUCUUAGCGAGAUGUCUCUGGUAAAGAGAGGACGUCUCAGCGUAAGUCCCGUCAGAAAGCAAGAGUACUACGAAAUACUCGAGAUGGAGAACAGUUCCGCAUUCGCCAUGGACAUUGACUGUGACCUUGGAGAAGAGUUCACUGUGGAUCCAUCAGCAUAGAAAUAUCACCAUAGAAAUCUCGUGUAUAAAUAGGUUUGCAAUAGAG